AUGGACUCUAAAGACCGGAAUAGAGUCUAUGUUGGGAACUUGCCGGAUGAUGUGAAUAGUGAGGACUUGACCAGCGAGCUAUCAAAGUUUGGGAAGGUUCGCGAUGUGGAUGUCAAGUACGGUCGGACACGCAACGGUUCUUCUUACGCGUUCGCCGAAUUCGCGGAUUAUGAGAGUGCUGAGAAGGCGGUAGCACAGAGUGACGAAACGCGAAUCUUGGGUGUCCGAGUAAAAAUAGAAUUUACCGGUCAAAAAAGACUCAAGCAAUUGAAUGAGAUGAAUAAAUACAACGCCCCCCCUCAACGGUACUUCCCCCUCCCCUUAACAUCUUCCCCUAACCCCUCUCUACAGUUUCUUCACCCCUAA